UCCUCCCUCUCUUCCUUUCUAUGUAUCCUGUAUAAAUAACAGGGAGAGGCCUGCCACCAUACGCUGCGGCAUUGUACUAUGUAUUCCUGGCCACAUGCAUGGAUAAUGGGCCAUUAACCUUACAUACCCCACUGGGGGAGAUAUGGAAAGGUGUUGUGGUUCAUUGAUUGAGCUGUACAAUAGAGUUCUCCCUUGCUGCUGGCAUCAGGAGGAUAACGAACAAAAGAAUCACUUGAAAACAGAAUCCAUUACUGAGACUGAAGCUGAACAAGAAGUUGAAGAGGCAAUGAAAUCAGUAACAAGAGAAAUGGCUAAUCCCUGCUGGAAAACACAUUCAGUUUUACAGAGUACACCACUGGAUCUGAUAGAUACCGGGAAGGGUCUGAAAGUGCAAACGGAGAAACCUCAUCUUGUGAGUCUUGGGAGUGGGAGGCUGAGUACUGCCAUCACGCUGCUGCCUCUGGAAGAAGGGAGGACCACUUUGGGUAAUGCAUCUAAGGAUAUUUCCGUACGGGGUCCUGGUGUUGCUGCUCAACACUGUUUUAUUGAGAAUAUCAGUGACACUCUAACCCUACAUCCAUGUGGGAAUCCUUGUUCUAUCGAUGGAAUUCCAAUAACUCAACCUACUCGUCUGACACAAGGUUGUAUGAUCUGCUUGGGCCAGUCUACAUUUUUGAGAUUUAAUCACCCAGCUGAGGCCCACUGGAUGAAAACCAUGAUUCCUUCGACAGGGAAGAGCUCCUCUACAGGCUUACUUUCUGCAGAAAAUGGUGGAUACAAGUCUAAUGUCCCAUCACAUACUUCAUUGGUGAGCUCUAUUGAGAAAAAUCUUCAGGACAUCAUGGACUCUUUGGUUCUGGAGCGGCCCACUUCACCAGUCAGGAAAUUAUCCCAGUCAUCUACUCACAGUCUUUCCUGUUUAUCCAAUGGAGGGAGCAGACACAUGCUCUCACCACCUACCAGCCCCCUUUCCUCACUCUCUGGAUAUGAAAAUGCAUUUACUUCUCCUUUGUCUUCUCCAGGAAGUGGUAGACUCGCCAGCCCUUUGUCUGGCCAGGAUGGUGUAACUUCAUCAAUACCCCCAGUCGUGCCCCACAGAACAUCUAGCUUUAGUCAUUCUUUGCCACGUCCAACACCAAUUUAUGGAGGAAGCAGUUUGGAUCUACGUUUAUCACGGGACACUAGGGGCAGUUCACUUUUCAGUCCUCCAAGUCCAGUAGCAUCUACUCGAAUUGGAGGUUUAAGUGUUCCAAGCAGUCCUCUACUCGGAAGCAAGUUUCAGCAUUCAAUAAUUGAUCGACCUUCAAGCCCCUACAGACAGCUGGUGGGGGUAGCAAGAAGUUUGCCUCCAGAGAGUCCUAGGCUGACUCGAAAAAACCCAGAGAGUAUACGAAAUCUUCCUCCUCUUAGUCCUUCAUUAUCACGAAGAACAAUAUCAGCUUCAUCAAAUACUGUCUCAGAGAGUCCAUUAAGAGUUCCUGAAAGUCCCCGAGCUCAAGGCCGCCGCAGAGUGGGUAGUGCAAGUUCUCCUGGUUCUGAGAAUAAUUUCUCUAGGCCCAUACGGGAUCGCAGCCCUUCACCCUCCUCCUUUCAGGAAAUCUCUCACCGAUUGACCCCAGCCUAUAGCCAUGGAUCCCUGGUAACUCCAAAUCAGAGCCCUAAGUCUCAGAGAAAAGUGCAUACUCUCAGAGAACGUAAAAACAGUAUCAGUGACAUUAGCGACAAUCAGGAAGAUUUACUGGAUUACCACCGGAGACAACGGGAAGAACGAUUGAGAGAACAAGAAAUGGAGAGACUGGAGCGGCAGAGAUUGGAAACUAUUCUGAAUUUAUGUGCAGAGUACAGUAAAACAGAUGAAUCAAGCAGCCCCAUAAGGCUAGAGGAACUACGGGCUUUCCCGUCUAUCGGUACUAAACAAGAGGACCCCGUACCCUUGGAUACAAGAAGGUCAUCCUGGGACAGUGCGAAGUAUCGCAGUCAGGAAAACAGUGGGAAUCAGAAUAAAGCACAACAAGAACUUCAUGAAGAAGAGACACAAAAAGAGGAAAACAGCAGUACAGAGAGCACCCAACAUGAGCAGGAAGAUGCCGUGUCACCUGGUGAUGUCACUAGUGAGUUGCUUAGUUUGGAGAAACAGCGCAGGGCGACAUUGAGUCAUGUGGAUCAGCUGAAGAACAGAGUAACCGAACUUGAGAGACAAUUACAGGAGAGCGCACAAGAGGAAGAGGUAGAGCGUGCUCUACUGCAGGGGGAGAGAGAGGCUGAGCUGUCUCAGCUACAACAGGAGCAGAGGAUGGUUCAGCAGCUUCAAGACAGUCUAAGUGCACUGGAAAGUAGCAUCCAAAAGGAGAAAGAAAAGGUGCGGGAGAAGCUGGAGCAGCAAAGGAUGGAAAUACAGAGCGUUCAGCUUUCUCACCAUGACCUCCAGAGACAACUCCAUAAUUGCCCCGAAGCUCUAAGGGAGCAAGUGCAGUGCCAGCUCACACGGGAAUCGGAGCAUCUUGAGACGCAGAUGAAACUGUUUGAAGAUCUUGAGUUCCAACAGCUGGAGAAGGAGAGUCGCCUGGAAGAAGAAAGAGAAACUGCAACCCAUCAACUGUUAAAGAAUAAAGGAGACUGUCAGAAAAGUAUUGCUUACAGGAAAGAACGUUUGGCUGCAUUGGAGAAUCAGGCCAAUCAGAUCCGUCUCCAGGCCUCACAGGAUGCUGAACAUCUUGGUCAGGAAAGAAGUGCUGCUUUAUUGCAACUACACAAGGAGAAGGAAAAGUUGGUUCAGUUAGAGAGAAGAUACCAAUCGUUGUCAGGGCGACAGGGUUUCUUAUCUGGAUCCUCAGCUCUUCGAGAGGAAUACCUGUGCCUGGCUGAUGCUCUUCGCUUGUGCAGCAGUUUGCCUUAUGCUCACCCCUUCCCCUCUCUCACAUCGCUCUUGGCUGACUCAGAGUACAUCACUUUAGAUCAGCUUCAUGACAUACUUGGAAAUAUGACUCCAUCCCCUGCUUCUCCUGCUACCCAUUUAGCUGACUCUGGUGUUAAACCAUUUUCCUGUGCACCUUCCUGUGAAGAUCCUAAUACUAUUCAUCUCUCCUCUUCUUCAUCAUCAUCAUCCUCCUCUUCUCCCUCUAUCUCUAUGGAGGUGGACUCUGUUUCUUUUGAGGUUCAUUCUGCGGCACCUGUUCUUGAUGUGGAAGAGCGCUACCAAAAAAUCAGUUCUGAUUCUUCUAGCAUUCCUCAUCCAUCCCCUCCUCCUCUUCCUGCUAAAUCCCACACUUCUCGUAAAUUCCAGCAGAUCUCUCGUUCUCAAACAGAAAUUGAUGGGGGUGCUACACUUCCACGGAUGAAGGCUGUUUCUCCAUCAUCUUCCCAGUUCUCUGUUGCUACCCUUGGCCGCAGUGUUUCUCCUAAGAAUACAAUUUUGACACAAAAUGGCUCAGGUAGCCUUUCCCACGGAUUGGCAGUCACAUUGCAGGACAUCCAGAGCAAGAGACAACUAGCCCUUCAACAAAAAGGGCAGCAAGUGAUAGAUGAGCAGCGCAAACGACUUGCUGAGUUGAAACAGAAAGCUGUUGUUGAGGCUCAAUCACAAUGGCAGGCUCUUCAUGGAGGGUCAUCUCAAAGCUACCUUCCAAUCAUGCACCACUCUAUCCUGCACCAUCAGAGACCUCUGCACUCUCGAGAAGAUGAUCCCUCACAUGGAUAUGACACAUUGAGCUUGGAGAGUUCUGAUAGUCUGGAUACCAGUGUCUCCACAGGGAAUUCAGCCUGCUCACCUGAUAACAUGUCAAGUGCCAGUGGACUAGACAUGCUGAAAAUUGAGGAAAUGGAGAGGCUGCUUCUAGAGGCUCAUGCAGAGAGGGCAAGACUUGUAGAAUCCAGGGAGCGAGAAGUUGAGGCACGCAAAAGAGCACUGGAAGAUGAAAGAAGGAGAAGAAAAGAAUUGGAAAAACGUCUGCAGGAUGAGACUUCUCAUAGGCAGAGACUGGUUGAAAAAGAGGUCAAAAUGAGAGAAAAACAUUUCUCACAGGCCCGACCUCUCACCCGUUACCUCCCUAUUCGAAAAGAAGAUUUUGACCUGCGCACUCACAUUGAGUCUUCAGGCCAUGUAGUUGAUGCCUGUUCUCAUAUUAUUUUGACUGAAAAAAUGUGUCGCGGAUUUCUGACCAAAAUGGGUGGCAAGAUCAAGUCUUGGAAAAAGCGCUGGUUUGUGUUUGACCGCUUAAAACGCACUCUGUCCUAUUAUGUUGACAAGCAUGAAGCAAGGCUAAAAGGUGUCAUCUACUUCCAGGCUAUAGAAGAAGUUUAUUAUGACCAUCUUAGAAGUGCCGCCAAGAGUCCAAACCCGGCUCUGACCUUCUGUGUCAAAACUCACGAUCGGCUGUAUUAUAUGGUAGCUCCUUCACCAGAGGCCAUGCGGAUUUGGAUGGAUGUCAUUGUGACUGGAGCUGAGGGAUACACACAGUUCAUGAACUGAUACAUAGAAUGGUUUCAGCACUCCUUACUGUUAUGCUCCUCAGGAACCGCAUUGAAUUUAAGAAUAAAAAAUAAUCCCAUGUAUUGUAUUGUUAAAAGAACUAUAUAUAUAUAUAUAUAUAUAUAUAUAUA